AUGAGAAAGAUUAUAUUAAAUAUCCCGGAAAUCUUUUCAGCAUUAACACUUCCACGAGAAUGUGCCGACUUAAAAUUAUCUGUAAGCGGAGUCCAUACAAUUUACCCAUAUGGACGAUUGCAGCACCCUGUAUCUGUCUUUUGCUAUGUAGAUUCAAGUUUGCAUCCUUGGACCGUCAUUCAACGACGAAUUAAUGGAUCAGUCAAUUUUUAUAGAGACUGGCAAGCAUACAAAACUGGAUUUGGACAAGCUAACGAAGAAUAUUGGUUAGGGAAUGAUAACAUACAUGAGCUGACAGCAGACGCAAAUCAUGCAUUGAUGAUACUGAUGACAGAUUUUAGUGGAGUAACAAAGUUUGCCGAAUAUCUAUCGUUUCAUAUAUCUUCUGAGGAUAAUGGUUAUCGUUUGAUGGUCAGUAAAUAUGAUGGAACUGCAGGAGAUUCUUUGAUCAGACAUAAUGGGUACAAGUUCACUACUUUUGACCGGGAUAAUGACGGCUCAGGAUCUAAUUGCGCCAUACUUUAUAAAGGUGCAUGGUGGUAUGAAGACUGCCACAAUUCAAAUUUAAAUGGAAUUUAUUAUCAUGGCCAUCAUGAUGAAUUUGCCACUGGGAUAGAUUGGAAAACAUGGCAUGGAUAUUAUUAUUCAAUGAAAACUACUAUGAUGAUGAUUAGAGAAUACUAA